AUGGCCACUGAUGGCACAUGUGAAACCAGCGCCAGUGUCCCCUUCUCACAAGACCCAGUACCCUGUGCACCAAUGAAUGUGACCACAUCCCACUCCUGCGGAAACAAUGACAUAGCAGUCAGCUGGGACACUGCCGCCGUGCCUUUGAACUACAGCGUCACUGCCACACUGCUCAGUGGAUCUGCCAGUCCUGUCCAGUGCAACAGUGACAGCAGCAGCUGUACUCUGACUGGGCUUCAGUGUGGACAGUUCUAUAAUGUCUCAGUCAAAGCGUCAUCUGGCAGCUGCUGUGGCCCAUACAGUGUCCCACAAACUGUCAAAACAGCGCCCUGCUCCCCUCAGGGUUUAACAGCAGUGAUAGAGUGUGGCUCAAACUUUCUUCAGGUCUCGUGGAACACUUCCCUCAGCGCUACUUCUUACACAGCUAUGGUGACAGACCCUGAUGGUGUUACCAUGAACUGCUCCUCCUCAGACCCCGCAUGUGCUUUCUCUAGCCUUCAGUGUGCCACUCAGUAUAACAUCAGUGUAACAUCAGAGGACAACUCCUGUUCAAGUUCCCCGAGUCAAACAGUCAUUACAACAGGACCUUGUGAGCCUGUUAAUGUGACCGCUGUCCUCCAGUGUGGCUCAGACACAGCCACUGUGUCCUGGGAAGCUUCAGCUGGGGCUGUGGCUUAUACUGUUUAUGCCAAUGAGCAGGGAUCUGUGUAUCAAACAUUCUGUACAACCGACACAAUAUCCUGUGUACUGACCGCAUUGAACUGUGGAAAAAUGUACACUGUCAAUGCUCUGGCCGAGGGUGACACCUGUAACAGCACUCAAAGUAUGAGCACAACCCUGCAGACAGCUCCUUGCUCUCCAUCUAUCCAGAACAACACCCUGGUAUGUGGCACCAGUUCCUCUGACCUGUCAUGGAUGUCAGUGGCGCAUGCCACAGGUUACUUAGUAAAUGCUACAACGCAGAGUGGGGACAUAGUUUCAUGCAGUUCUUCCACAGCUGCAUGUACUUUAACCGAUCUGCUCUGCAGUGAAACCUACAUGGCCACAGUCACGGCACAGGGAGACCAGUGUGACAGUGCACCUGGCCCCAGCUUCAACAUUAUUACAGCUCCCUGUCCUCCUGUCAUCACAUCUAGCCAGUACAUCUGCAGUAACAGCUCGGUGGAGUUGAGCUGGACUGCAACUGUGGGAAGCGUCGGCUUCCUAGCUGAGGUAGUAGGAGAGGGAUAUACAGAUAGCUGUCAUAGUGUCGAUACUAGCUGCAUGAUGCACAACAUUCCCUGUGGCCUGGAAUUCAACCUAACAGUUCAGGCUAAGGGCUCGGAGUGCAACAGCACCUUAACCGUCAGUGAAACCCUUGAAUCAGUCCCAUGUGCCCCGGAGGAUGUUGACAUCAUUUUUGCGUGUUCUAGUCACUCUGCCAUGGUAACAUGGCUGGGAAGCCCUAGUGCAGUAGGCUACAAUGUGACCUUCAGAAGUUAUGAAGAUGGACACAUACAUUACUGCCACACCAACACUACCAGCUGUGAGCUAGAUGACAUCCACUGUGGUGAGGUCUACGCUGUCAUGGUCACACCAUGCUCCGAGACAUGCAAGGGAAUCCCAAGUGCCAUUUACAACUUUACAGGAGGUCUGUGCCCUCCUGCUUCAGUGUCAGUGUCUACAGAUUGUGAAAACAACACUGUGUCUUGGUCUGCAGUGGAAGGCGCUGAGAUGUUCAUAGCAACAGCAACGGCUGAAGAUGGACACAAUCACACUUGCCAAUCAAACUAUUCUACCUCAUGCAAUUUCACUGACCUCCACUGUGGAGAAAUCUAUUCUGUAACUGUUGUGACUGUGGAUCGACGGUGGGGCUGCAGUAGUAGGCCGAGCUCUGCUGUGGAGGUGACAACAGCUCAGUGUCCUCCAACUAAUUUGACUGGUGAUAUCAGAUGUGACACCAACAUGCUGACCCUCACAUGGGACCAGAUUUCAGUACCUGGAACCUCCUACGUCAUAAAAGCUGAGAGAAUAGGGAGCAUAGCUGCUCCUUUGGAGUACUCAACGUCUAAUACCUCACACACACUGAGCAGCCUGCAGUGUGGAGAGAGAUAUGCCUUCCGUGUUGCAGCACAAAACGGAGACUGUCUCAGCCAAUACAGUCCGUCUUAUGAAAUGUGUACAGCUCCCUGUCAGCCCACCAACUUCAAUGUGCGGGUCAACUGUGGAGCAAACAAUGGGAAUUUCUCCUGGAACGAGAGCAGUGGGGCCACUUUCUACACUGUGGAGGUGACAGGAGAACAUGGUCAUGUAGCCUCCUGCUCUUCCAAUGACACCUCCUGUGUUGUAAAACUCCGCUGUGGUCGGAGUUACUCAGCUUCAUUAGUAGCUUCCACAGAGAGUUGUAAUAGCACUAAACAUGCUGACAUUCACUUUGAAUCAGCCCCAUGUCUCCCAGAAAAUGUUGUAGCGGAGGUGAACUGUUCCACCAAUGUGAUGAGUGUUUCUUGGAGUGAGCUCCCAGUCUCAGAUGACUACACUGCCUGGGCCAUCAGCGAAGGACAUAACGCCUCCUGUAACUCAACAUCCAACUUCUGCUCCAUCCAUGACCUGCAGUGUGGUCAGGUCUAUGAUGUGGUUGUCACAGCCUCUACCAUUCACUGUGAAGUUAUUGCUGGCUCUGACUACCUGAUCCAGUCUGUACCGUGUGCACCAGAGAACACCACUGUGGAGCAGAACUGCAGCACUAAUGCUAUCACAGUACAGUGGGACCACAGCAGCAGUGGUCAGCAGUACACUGUCAGCGCAUCCUCUGCUUCAGGGGUUAACGCCACCUGUGACACCACCAACAGCAGCUGCUCCUUCCUGGACCUGAGCUGUGGUCAACACUACACUUUCACCGUGACUGGACACACUAAUGUCUGCAUGAGUGAGAGCACCACUAUGGAGAAAUACACAGCCCCAUGUCCUCCCUCCAAUGUUUCAGCUGAGCUCAACUGUGUUACACAUGAUGGUGUGGUCAGUUGGAGUCCUGCUGCUGCAAGUGUGGCCUACAGCGUCCAGGCAAUGUCUGUGAAUGGACACAACUCCUCCUGUAGUUCAAUGGGAACUUCCUGUAACCUUGAAGACCUGGUCUGUGGACAGGAAUACUCGGUAGUCGUGGAACCAAUGCAUACUGGCUGUUCUGGUCCUGUCAGUCCCACAGUGAUGCUUCUCACAGAGCCGUGCGUUCCCAUGAACCUCUCUGUCAACUACAGUAUGAGCCAUGCCAUGGUGCAGUGGGACCCAGCAAGCAGUGACAGCUCUUACUCCAUCCAGGCUGUGACUGACCAGGGCCCAACAGUGUCCUGUAACAGCACCACCACCUCCUGCCCCCUGACAGGUCUGCAGUGUAGUAAGACCUACAACAUCACAGUGACGGCACACAACUCAGCCUGCAGUCAGGGUGUGACCUCUGAAGCCUACCAGCUCAUGACAGAACCCUGUCCACCAACAAAUGUUCAGGCCACUAUGACAUGUGAACAAUAUACUGCGACUGUUUCCUGGGACCCGAGUGUCAAUGCUGUGAAUUAUGUAGCCUACGUCGAUAACCAAAAUGGCCACUACACCUCCUGUGAUACCACAAGUACCUCUUGUGUCGUCGAAGCGCUGGUGUGUGGCACAGAGUACAACGUCUGGGGCCAAGCCUUCGGAGUUCAUUACCACAGCGAGAACUCCACUGCCAUCACUCUUUCACCAGGUCCUUGCCACCCAACUUCCAUUGAUGCAAUAAUGGAUUGUGAGUCUGACACUGCUAUAGUCUCCUGGCAACCAAGUGAUGGUGCUGGGUCAUACACCGCUGAACUUACUGCCUCAUCAGGCCACACCACCAGCUGUACCACCAACCACACUAACUGCCAGUCAGACCAGCUGCAGUGUGGACAGCAGUACAAUGUUACUGUAACAGCUGUUGCUCCACUUGCCUAUCAACCACUGAGCUGCAAUGCCACUGCUCAAAUGUCAGGAUACCUCACUACAGAGCCCUGUGUUCCCAUGAAUCUCGCUGUCCAAUAUAAUGUGAGCGAUGCCCGGGUGACAUGGGAUGCAGCAAACGGUGCCACCUCUUACUUGGUUCAGGCUGUGACUGAUGAGGGUCUGAGAGCCUCCUGUAACAGCACCUACACCCUCUGCUACCUGAAUGGUUUACUGUGUAGUCAGACCUACAACGUCACCGUGAUGGCACACAAUUCAGCCUGCAACCACUCUGAGCCCUCUGAAAUGUAUCUCCUCAUGACAGAGCCCUGCCCACCUACCAACAUCCAGGCCAAUGUGGAAUGUGAACAACUUACUGUGACUGUUUCCUGGGAGCAGAGUGACAAUGCCAUCGGUUAUGUUGCUUACAUCAACAAUCAAAAUGGCCACUCUGCUUUCUGUGUAGCAGCACAAACAGAAACCUACUGUGAUGUCUCAGGGCUGGUUUGUGGUACGGAGUAUAACGCCUGGGUCAAAGCUACUGGAGCUCCGCACAACAGCUCUGACAGCGAGGUGAUCUCUUUUACAUCAGCUCCAUGCCUACCCACAGAGAUAGAUGUAGAGGUGGACUGUGCAUUUGAUGGUGCUGCUCUGAUCUCCUGGAGUGCAACUGAAAGCAACGAAAAAUUUGCCAUCACCGCCAUUGUCAGUGGAAGUCUUCAGACUCUUUGCACGACUCGGCAAAAUAACUGUAGUGUGAAUGGACUAAAUUGUGGGGAAACCUACAAUCUUAGCCUCACUGCCUCCAAUACACAAUGCAGCCUCGCAGCACCGAUGCACGCCAACCUUACUACACGUCCUUGUCCUCCUGAGCAUGUCAGUGUUGACCUGGAAUGUGGAGUCCGGAUGGCAGUCCUGAGCUGGGAGGAGAGGUCUGAUGUUGAACUGUACAAAGCGAGUGCUGUCAAGCAGUCAGGAGGAGAGGUGAUGAGGAUUAACUCCACAUCCUCCACCGCUGACUUCCCUGAUCUGGACUGUGGAGAGACAUACAACUUCACCGUUGAAGCGCACAGCCAGGGCUGCUGUAGCCGAAGCAGUAGCACUGUGUCCAUCCAAACAGAGCCUUGUCAGCCUAUGAAUAUAUCAGUUCAGGCACCUUGUCAGAGUGAAACUGUAGAGAUCACUUGGCAACAAGCAUCAGGUGUGGAGAAUUACUUAGUCACAGCCUCAGGGAACCUUGGAUAUGUGGAAAACUUCAACGUAACUCAGACCGUUCUAUCAGCUGCACUACCAUGUGGACAAAACUACACAGUCACAAUACAAGGACGAGGCAACCGGUGUGACAGCAUCCCCAGCAGCCCUACUUCCUUCAAAACCACCCCGUGUAUCCCUCAGGAUGUGGUGGUUUAUCCUCAGUGUGAGGUUAACACGGGCUCUGUCCGCUGGGGAGCCAGUGAUGGCGCUAAAACAUACAUAGCGAUAGCCACUGGCCAUGACGGACACAAUCAUACUUGUGUCACCAACACCACUUCCUGCACUUGGGACGACUUGCACUGUGGGGAGUGUUACGAUGUCACAGUGAAAGCGAAGGACGGCGACUGCAUGAGCCUGCCCAGUAACAGCUCUGUCAUCCAUAUGGCUUCAUGUGUGCCCCAGAAUUUGGUCGCCUCUGUGGACUGUGAUAACAGACUUAUUUCUCUGAGCUGGGACGCAACUGAAUAUACAGAGGAAUACAUAAUAACAGUUCAGACAAGCGACGGGACAAAUGAGGUCACUACUAACAACACAGACAUUUCCUUUUCUGACUUUGCUUGUGGACGAAACUACAGCCUCACUGUCACACCAGAAAACCAGCACUGCCCUCGCAGCGCCAAUGCAACAACUUCCAUACAAACAUGGCCAUGUCCACUUACAGGCGUUUCUGCCAUGCUGGACUGCCUCUCUGACACCACCACAGUCACCUGGCAGUCCAGCAAUGGUGCAGAGUCCUACAAAGCCACCCUGCAGACUGACAACGGCAUUUCUGAAAUGUGCAUGUCUGAAUCUACUACAUGCAGUGUCUCAGGUCUGGCCUGUGGGUACAACUUUUCUGUGUCUGUAACAGCCUCCAACCAGCAGUGCAACGUCACCACCAAUGAAGCAACAAGUCUGCAAUCAGCCCCGUGUGUUCCCACUGACGUCUCAGUGAUGAUGGACUGUGCCAACAACAGUGCAGCUGUGUCCUGGGCUGCCAGUAGAGGGGCUGUACAAUAUGAAGUGAUUGCCCACAGUAGUCAUGGCAACGUCACCUGCCAGACCUCUGACCUCAGCUGUUACCUCAGAAACCUCACAUGUGGCCACAGCUACACUGUCCAGGUGGUAGCUAUGGAUGACACAUGUUCUAGUACCCCAAGCCAGGCUGUGGAACUUAACUCAGCUCCCUGCCCACCUGAGAAUGUGACGGCCCAACUCAGCUGUUCUUCAAGUGACAUGACGGUCUCCUGGGAUCCCACUGGAGAAGCUGACCACUACUUGGUCUCAGUGACACCUGACAAUGGAGGGAGCGUCAUGCCAUGCAACACCACAAACACUGAAUGUUCCUUCAGUAACUUGGCAUGCGGAAACACAUACACUGUCCACGUCACCUCUGUCAGAGGCUCCUGCCACAGCCAGCACUGUCCACCUGUCCACGUCCUGUCAGCCCCAUGCCAACCCCAAGGAGUUGAAGGCAGCAUUGACUGUGUGACAAAUUCUGCAUGGAUAUCCUGGGACGCUGCUGCUGGGGCAGACAGCUACACUGUGUUGGCAGUAGGUGAAGGGGACUACAUGGCCAACUGUACCACUUCCACCAACAUCACCUGUGAGGUUGAAGAUCUGGAGUGUGGAAUACGUUAUAAUUUCACGGUCACGGCUACAAACAGCCAGUGUGACAGUCAGCCCAGUGCCACCAUUGAACUGGAGACCGCUCCCUGCACCCUGUCUCGUAUCACCGCCUCCCCUCAGUGCCACAACGCCUCUAUCCUUGUCGUCUGGCACCUAAUGGAUGCUGGCAGUGCAGAUGUUAUGUACACUGCUACAGCUGAGGGUAGCGACCGCACCAUCCUGUCCUGCAACAGCACUGGCACCAGCUGUUACCUCCACGGAGCACAAUGUGGCCUCCAUUACACCGUGAUUGUAGCUGCAAAUUCAGAUGUGUGCAGUGACUUGAGAAGCCCACCUCACCGCAUUAGCAUGGAGCCCUGCCAACCCACCAACCUAAUGGUUAAUUACUCCUGUGAUGACCACACUACAGUGGCGUCCUGGAGCCCUUCUCCUGUUGCUGAAACCUACCAUCUUGUUGCUAGGGGUGCAGAUGGACAUAACCACACUUGCGACACGUCCUUCAGUAACUGCAGUUUAUCACAGCUCCACUGUGACAUGCAUUAUUCAGUAUUUGUGACUGCAAGCCAUGAGAACUGCUCCAGUCAGCCCAGUGAGACAUUCACACUACUCACAGGCCCCUGCCAACCAGAGGGGCUCUCAGUAGAGUAUCAAUGCAACAAUCAAUCUGCAAUGCUUUCAUGGACUCCCAGUGAUAAUGCUGUCGACUACUAUGGAUGCGCCCAGGAUGGAAAUGGCAACAUGUUGUACUGUCACAGCACAACUGCAGCCUGUACCAUCCAGGGUCUUGAGUGUGGAACUGUGUACAAUUUCUCUGUCCAGGCCUCAGAUGGGUCAUGCAACAGCUCCUUCAGUGACCCAGAGGAGAGUGGUGCAGUUCCCUGUUCUCCUGAUGGUGUUGAGGUAACGCUGUUUCCACUGGAAGAGGACGUCCAUAUUGUACAUGUAACCUGGACAGAGAGCUCCUGCAACAACACAGAGUACAUGCUGAUGUUAACAGGAAACCUACUGGGAGACAAUCAGGCCCAGUUUGAUCUCUCAUCAUACUGGACAAGCAUGACAUUCUUUGAAUUUCCCCUCCCCUGCGGUUCAUAUUAUGAAGCUACAGUCGAAAGCAGAAACAACGCCGGCACCAGUGGCCCCUCAGUCCCACUUAAUGGAACAACAGUUCCCUGCCCACCAUCAACAGUGACGUACAGUGGGAACAGCUCCUUUACUAGAAUUUCUUGGAACGACGUGGUGUUUGCCACCUCAUACACUGUGUAUGACAACAGCAGUUCACCGAGAACACAGUUAUGCCACACAUCCCAGUUGACCUGCUCUGUGCAUCAAAGCACAACGCCUGCUAAUGUGGUGGUUACAGCCCGCAACGCAGCAGGAGAAAGUAGAGCCAUGGGUGUCACAAAUGUGGUUCCAUUGGCACGUAGGAGGAGAGAUGUCAGUGAACAAGAGGGCAGUGAAGGCCUCUCAGCUCCCAUACUGAAGGUCACACCAUAUGGGACAGUUUUGUUUCUUGAGUGGUCUAAAGUAAAUGGUGCUUCCUUUUACAACCUGGUGGUUAAGAAGCAGGACAGCAUCUCUGAGCCUGAAGUGCUAACUGUGAACGGAGAACAGAUGAUUCUCAAUGAAGAGGACCUUCAGCUAAACAUCAACUACUGUAUAACUGUGUCCGCCAGUGCCUCAGAGACUAGUGAUCCAGGUCCAGAGUCAUCACCUGUGUGUGCCAAAAUAACACCAUCAGAGGAAAACACAUUAUAGAAGACGAACACCUCUGUAAUUUAGAGGUCCACGUUUCCUGAAUAAAAUGUGAUCUUUUUUGUCAGUGUUUCUUGACCAGUGACAAAUAGUUUCCAUGCUCAUUCUGCAAUAAUUUCAGGUCCGGAAGAACUUGGGAAUUAGCGUGAGCUCCUCUAACAUUUACAUUUCUAUUAGAUGAAUAUAAACAACGCAUUUGUUGCAUUGCAUGUUGCUCAUAUAACAGUCUAGUCUGAGGAAAUGAAAGAGCAUCCAUUUAUUCAAUAACGCUCUGAUAGAAGUCUGCUCAGGUCAUAUGGAGUUCUGAAGAUGUUUUACGCUUGGGUUCAAAGCAUUCAGGUACAAUUUGUCUACCGUUGGUUGAUGCAAUAUAUUUUAUAUCUGGGGUUUUGUUCUGACUUUUUAUAUUUUAACUUUUGUAAAUUAAAUGUAGUCAUCUUAAAAGGUAAUAUAUCAGUGAAUGUGUUACAUGUCCAAAGUGUGCUUUUUGCAGCUUCUGUUUAUAUUUAAUA